UUUUUUUAGAUUACUUGUAAAUCGUUUUCUACGAAGAAUGAUGAUAUACUUUAUAUGGAAUGAUAUAUUUACAUAGAAUUGGCCAAUCCUGCGAACGAGUUAAGCUUUUAUAAAAGAAAGAAAAAAAAAAAAGAGACAUGUGCUCUCUGACGACGACAAAGAUAUUACAAACAAAAUUCAAUUAAUUUUUCUUAUUUCAUUAAAAAAUUAAAACGUUAGUCUGUCUAAAAAGAGUUAUACAUGCGUUAGGUAUUUAUAAAUAUAUACAGAAUCUGAUAAAAAUACUCAUCGAAUGAAUUUAUUAAAUCGCUCAGUCGGCAAGCAUGACUGACAAGAGACACCAGCGAAGUCUAGCGACACUGAAGCCGUACUAAGGAAACUUAUUCUUCUACAAGAGUUUGAAUCUUGGUAGAAUCGCAUACAAAGAUACGAACGAAGUAAUUGCUCUGUCGUGAGAGAUAGAGUUAGGGGCUGAGUUGUUCGAAAGAAACUUGACGUGUCGCUCUCAUUGGAGCUAAUUGAUCGACUAAUUAAGAGCUGGUAGAAAAGAAAAACGGCCGACUAUGCGGCCAUUGUAAAUUUUUCAAUGCUCUAAUCUUUCGUGAGAAGUUUUGAAGAGAGUCCAGUUGCUAGAGAGACGUCACAACAAAAGAUAAACACAGCUUUUAUCUUACUUUUUUUCAAUGAGGAUCCGAAAAAUAUAAUCACUUUAUGAUAUGAAGAUAAUAUUUUGUGCCUUAUUUAAUGUAGUUUUUUUAUCGAUCGAAGAAACGGACGAAAGAUUACAGUAAUGUCAAAGAAAAGCAGUAGCAAAAUGUUAGUUCAUCAAUUAUCUACCGUUCUGCCAGAUGAUAGACCCAUCACUGCCAUUAGUAUUAUUGAGGAUAUAGAGAAAUGUCCACCAAAUUUUACAGUCGUAUCUAGAACAUAUGAUCAGGAUACCGAUGCCGAUUUAUGGAGAGAAACUGGAUUAUUCAUAAAAAAGAAAGGUAGAUACAUAUGCUUUUCAAAGACCGAAGGUUUACCUCAUUGCAUUGUGGAAGAUAUCACCAUUAUCAAUGAACGAGAAAUGCCUCCAGAAGGAUAUAGCAUUAUCUCGCAUACCGUAGAUUCGAUGCAGAAGGCAUGGAGGAAAAAACAAUUGUGUUAUAAAAUUAAAAACAAGGAUUUGUGUUCUAAAGCUGUAACAGAUAUAAUCAUAUGUAGUAGAAUUGUACAUAAGGCAUCGAAGAUGGCACCAAAUGGUUUCGCUGCAGCUGGUAUAAUAAAUGGAGUAUGCGUUUGUUAUAAAACCGUGGAUAUAACAAACGGACAACCAAAUUCUCAAUCAUAUAUUAACAUAGAUAAAUUUUUAAUGCAAAAUGCUUCUCCAAAUCCUUCCAAUGGAACACCUCAUCGAGUACCACCCGAGAGGCCACCUAAACCGAAGUUUUCUCCCAAACCAAAUAAUGGUAUUUAUUCUCAAAUUGGAACACCCGCCAUUGGAAAGGAUACAGACGAAUCUAAUGAUAGGGAUUACGAAGUUUUAAGUCCUAGCGCGAGGUUGAGGCCUACGAGACCUGCACCUCAACCUCCUACUACUUCGGUCAUUGGUUCCAUUCCAAUUUAUGGUACACUGCCAGGUUCUUCCGAUUUAGAUGGAGUCCCAUUCAUUCUCAAUCCUCGUCUUAAUAUUCAUUCUGAUUCUGCCAGUUAUAAAUUUCCUACAAUCAAAAUUUGGACGCAAAAAGAUUUGGACAAAGAGUUUUGCUACGAUUUUCGUGCGGAAAGAGAAACUUGAAAAUACCAAUGUGCCAAAUUAUUUGUAUGAUAAAAUCAUACAUUUCAUUUGUUGUCUAUUCAUCCGUACUGACUAUAUAGUCGAGUGUAAUAGAGUGCCUGAAUGAG